GAAGAGGCGGGACACAGACGGCGAUUGAGCGACGACGGACUCUAUCGCCGUCAACUUUCCUCAGGAUAUGAUUGGCUCGUCCCGGUCAGGAGUGCUGCUUUACAAUUGGUCUAAACGCGAAGUAGGCGGGACGAAGUGCCGCCCUGUUCCUGGUCCAAGAUGGCUGCGUCCAUGUCUCGGCGCUUGUGGCCUUUGUUGACUCGUCGGGGGCUCCGGCCCCGGGAAGGCUGCAUCUCCAACUACAGUCCAAGGAAAAGUUUCGCUACAGAGAAACGAAACAGGAACCUCUUGUACGAGCAUGCGCGCGAGGGCUACAGCGAACUCCCUCGGCUGGACAUAGAGCCGCUCUGCGCAUGCCCAGAAGAGGCCGCACGCGCUCUGGAGCUCCGCAAGGGGGUGCUGCGCUCGGCGGACCUCCCCGCAAUCAUCUCGACAUGGCAGGAGCUGAGGCAGCUGCGGGAGCAGAUCCGGAGCCUGGAGGAAGAGAAGGCAGCCGUGACGAAGGCAGUGCAGGCCCUACUGGCAAACCAAGACCAUGGUGAAGUGCAGCAGGACCCCCAGUACCAGAGUCUGCGGGCACGCGGCCGGGAGAUCCGGAAGGAGCUUGUUCCCCUAUACCCCAGGGAGGCGCAGCUUGAGGAGGAGUUCUACCUGCAGGCGCUGAGGCUGCCCAACCAGACCCACCCAGACGUGCCCGUCGGGGAUGAGAGCCAGGCUCGAGUGCUCCACGUGGUCGGAGACAAGCCAGCUUUCUCCUUCCAACCCCGGGGCCACCUGGAAAUCGGCGAGAAACUCGACAUCAUCCGUCAGAAGCGCCUGUCCCACGUGUCUGGCCACCGUUCCUAUUACCUACGAGGGGCUGGGGCCCUCCUACAGCAUGGCCUGGUCAACUUCACACUCAACAAGCUUCUCCGCCGGGGCUUCACCCCCAUGACGGUACCAGACCUUCUCCGAGGAGCAGUGUUUGAAGGCUGUGGGAUGACACCAAAUGCCAACCCAUCCCAAAUUUACAACAUCGACCCCUCCCGCUUCGAAGAUCUCAACCUGGCUGGAACAGCGGAGGUGGGGCUUGCAGGCUACUUCAUGGACCACAGCGUGGCCUUCAGAGACCUGCCAGUCAGGAUGGUUUGUUCCAGCACCUGCUACCGGGCAGAGACAAACACGGGAAAGGACCCCCGGGGGCUGUAUCGAGUCCACCACUUCACCAAGGUGGAGAUGUUUGGGGUGACAGGCCCCGGGCUGGAGCAGAGCUCACAGCUGCUGGAGGAGUUCCUGUCCCUUCAGAUGGAGAUCUUGACAGAGCUGGGUUUGCACUUCCGGGUCCUGGACAUGCCCACCCAGGAACUGGGCCUCCCCGCCUACCGCAAGUUUGACAUUGAGGCCUGGAUGCCAGGCCGUGGCAGCUUUGGAGAGGUCACCAGUGCUUCCAACUGUACGGACUUCCAGAGCCGCCGCCUCCACAUCAUGUUCCAGACCGAAGCUGGGGAGCUGCAGUUCGCCCACACGGUGAAUGCUACUGCCUGUGCUGUCCCUCGCCUCCUCAUCGCACUCCUGGAGAGUAACCAGCAAAGGGACGGCUCGGUGCUUGUGCCCCCCGCCCUCCAGCCCUACCUCGGCACUGAUCGGAUCACGGCCCCCACCCAUGUGCCUCUCCAGUACAUCGGCCCCAACCAGCCCCGGAAGCCUGGGCUCCCUGGCCAGCCUGCUGCAAGCUGAGAACCCACCCACGGCAGCCCUUGGUGUCACUGCUUCCUGGAGCUCAGGAGAUCUCAGACACCUGGGACCUGUGUUCCCGAGCCCAUCCUGACUUGUGCGACCCUCCUGUCAGCUCCACGCCUGGGCCCCUGGACCCCGGGUCCACCUCUCCUCCAUCCCUGUGCCUCAGAGUCAGUCACUGACCCUGUUUUCAUUGAGGGUCCCUGUGGGAAGCAGGACAUCUGGGCUUUACGGUUCUAGGGAUGGGAGAAGCAGAGGAAGAGGCCUCCAUCCCUCCUUCCUUCUUCCCCCCCACAGUGCUGACCAAAAAGUCCCCAAUAAAUGGUCAGGAUGAAG